AUGAUAACGAGAGUACGAGAAUCAUUUAUGUGGUUUUUAACUAAUUUUUCCAAUUUUCCAUGUUCUUGUAACUUCAUAUUGUUAUAUUUUGUACAAUUUUAAAAUACUCCGUUUCUAUUUUGAGGAUACACAAGUUAUAAUUUAUUUUAAUGUUCAACUAUCAUUGAAUACAGCGCAAUAUAAUGUUAGUCUCAAAUUUAUUUAAAACAUUAAAAUAUUCAAAUGUUAUUAGAUUAAGAAAAUAUCUAAGUACAAUAAUUGAUAGAAAGCAAGAUGAAGUUCAAUUUAAAAUUAAUUGUAAUUCAAACUACUCUGAGAAAUUCAACUGUUGUAUUAAAAAUGGACUCACUUCUAAUGCAGUUCUUAGUAAUGAAUGGAUUUUCAAAAUGAAUAUCGAUAAUUUAAAUAAUGGACUGAAAUUACUCAAAAAAUGGAAUCCUAAAAAAAUGGAUGAUUUGUUUGUACUUCUUCAAAUGCCUAUGACAAAACUUGUAUAUCUUACUAAAAAAACCCAUUUAGAAUCAACAAUUGUGCCACAUGGAAAUAGAGUCUAUUAUUUUGCCUCUACUUUUGAGAAAAAUCCCCAAGAAGUAUGUUACCACUUGAUGCAUUACAAAUUUUUAUUCACGCGGAACUUCACAACUCUUCACCACAUCUAUCAAAUUUUAAUUGAAAAUAAUGUCGAUAAGAAUGAUAUUUGGAAAGAUACAUGGAUAUUUAUGUACAGCAUUGAUCAAAUUAAACACAGAAUUUCUCUUACUAAAACAGCAAAUUUAACGAUUAAGCCCUGGAUGUUACGGUGUAAGACUGAAGUAUAUGAAAGGACUGUAGAGAUAAAACAAGAAAAUAGAGUUGUUCUCAAUAAAGACUCUACCGCACAAUAUUUAGCUAAAAGACUGAAAGUACCAGAAAAAACUAUUCGCUAUAUUAGUUCCAAAUAUCCUACAACAUUGAGAGUUAGUCCUACUAAAUUGAAAGAAAUAUUAGAUUUUCUUCUCAAAGAAGGAUAUAGACCUUCACAUAUACUGAGUACUCCACGUGUAUUUACUCACAGUAUUUCUACUCUACAGGAACGAUUAACUGAGUUAAGAGAUCUUGGUGGUGAACCUACUUUGACUGCCUUAUGUAAAAACAAAACAACUUAUCAAGAAUUAGUUAAUAAAUUAAUUUUGAAAAACACUAAAGGAUAUAUUUAAGGAAUUAUUAUACUAUCAUACCUAAGAAUUAAGUAAAAAGUAAUAAUGUAUAUUUCCAUUAACUUCAUUUUUAAUACAAUUUAUCAUGUUAAACAACAAAUGAUACUUUAAGAAUUAAACACUAUAUUAAGUUGA